AUUGAGGGCAGUUACAGAGAAAAAUAAUUGUGAAAAUUGUUGUGCGUUAUUUUUUCAGCUAAUGGACAAUCGUGUUUUAUUCCAGUUAUACCACAGCAAUUUGUCUACACCACAUAUAAUUCUGGUUUAUUAAAAAAACUGCACACUUUUAUUUGUGUAUAGUUAUAGAUGUGUAUAGAUUUAAUGUCAUGGAACAUCGUAGGAACAAUUUACUUCCUGUUUUCACUUAUGUUAUAGCCGCUAUAGAGCCGCUCCCUCACCAGCUUCUGUUUAUUCUCUCUCUUGUGUAAAUUAUACUGUUGCUAUAGAAACGAUAACAUUAGAACAAGUGCAUUAAUACAAAAAUGCCAGAGCUGCUGUUAUAACAAAAAAAAAAUCAUCACUUCAAUCACGACCAAUCAGAAUCCAGAGUUUUCCCCUGCGCUCCUCACACACUCGUCUGUGAUCCCGGAGACUCGAUAUUUCAUCACAGGGAUGAUAUUAACAUCAAAACAAGUCAUGUAUGACGCCCACGAAUGUUUCCCAAUCCUGAGAGUGAAAGUGGGGCAAAUAUAGCUGAGGGGUGUUAAGUGCCCUGGCUCGGCACAUGUCCACACUAUCAAGUAACUCAUUUUGUACUUACGGGGGCAAAAAGGGAUAAAAAUAAGCCCCAAACCCCCCCAACAUGCCCUGGCUUUAGAUGAACAUACUGCGAGUCUCUGUGCUCAGUUUAAUCACUGAUUCGGAUGUGAAAAAGGUGGAGCUCGAGCGUGGACAUGAACAAUUCUUCAGAUGGAAGUGAAGAUUAUGAAUACAUCUUUACUAAUGGAGCAUGGACAACAGUAUUAAAGCCUGUCAGUGCAGCUGGGAGAUCAAUACACAGAGAAGAUAAGCAGGGAGAUGACACCAGAUCAGAUGGUAAUAAAGGCAUUGUGGAUUUGCCUGUGAACGUGACAUCGCAGGAUGUUGAAGUUGAUGGAAAUAAAUCUAAUACCAUCCCUAAAGGUCAACAGAAUGCCAACAUGAAUCCAAAUGACCACAUGACAUCAAAGAAUCAAGAGACUGAAGUACCUGAGAAUAGGCAGUGCCAAAAGAGUGAUAGUACAGAACCUACAAAUACACCAUCCCAGGAUGAGUCACCAUCCCUGGACCCCAACACGGAGACCAUCACAAUAGAUGACAUACCAAACACUGAAUUCCAUCCUGCCGGGAUUAGCGGGACUGUUUAUAACGCUGACACACACAGAAAUGACUUCAUGGAUGAAGCAGUCCAACACGCUGACCCUCAAACAAAGGGUAUGGCUGGAGAGACUGUGCAUGAUAUGAGUGACAUUAGCAGCAUUUUGCAGAAGAAGGUCCAUCAUACCGGUUCUGACACACAUGAGUUUAUAAUGAAGACAGUUCUCGAUUCUGAUCCGGAAAUUGGUGGAAUUUUAGAGGACGCUGUCCAGUGCACUGACUCAGAAACUGGUGGUGUUUUAGAGGAUACUGUCCAACACAAUGUUUCAGAAAUUGGUGGAAUUGUAGCGGACACUGUUCAAAGCAAUGUCUUAGACAUUGGUGACAUUUUAGGAUACACUGUCCAAUGCUCUGACUCAGAAAUUGGUGGUAUUUUGGAAGACACUGACCAAAACAAAGACUCCAAAGACUCGGAAGUUAGUGGAAUUUUAGAGGACAAUGUCCAAAGAAUUAUCUCAGAUGAUUGCAGUAUUUUAGAGGACACUGUUCAAAGCAAUGACUUGGACAUUGGCUGUGUUUUAGAGGAUACUGUCCAACACAAUGUCUCAGAAAUUGGUGGAAUUGUAGAGGACAAUGUCCAAAGCAAUGUCUCAGAAAUUGGUGGAAUUGUAGAGGACAAUGUCCAAAGCAAUGUCUCAGAAAUUGGUGGUGUUUUAGAAAACACUGUCCAACACAAUGUUUCAGAAAUUAGUGGAAUUGUAGAGGACAAUGUCCAAAACAGUAUCUCAAAAAUUGGUGGUAUUUUAGAGGAUACUGUACAAAGCAUUGACUCAGAAAUCGGUGGUAUUUUAGGGGAUGCUUCAUGCCUAACACAGCAACCCUUCCCACUCUACUCAGCAGAGCUCAGUAAUAAUAAUAAUAAUAAUAAGCUGGAGGCAAAUGACAACAAUGCAAUCUCAGAUAUUUUGACUGACUCAGUUGAUAAUUUGGAGAAUGGCGUGACCCAGAUGUCCAAGGCUCUUACUGUAAACCCAAAGACAGACAUGGAAUCAGCAUCUUGUAUUUUAGAAGACCUUGUUCCAGACAUGACAGUGGACCACAUGACCGAAAAUAACUCUGAUGUACGCCUGCUAAUCUCCAGCUUCCCCCCCACACCAAUCAUAAUCCCAUCUAAGACCGAGGAAGCAAUUGACAUACAUCGCUCAGACAGAACUGAUGUGUCUAAUGAGUUGUGGGUUGAUGCUCCAGAUGAAUGGGGAUACCUCCCAGACUCCUGUCCUACAUCUUCAGACAACACAAGAACUUCAAAAACAGGCGCCAAGAGCGGUUCACUGGAACUGCCUAACAAGGAGAGCUGGUCAUCUUCUGACAGCUGGGCCAGUGCUUUAUCAGACUGGAUCCAAUCUGUUAGCAUCCUUCCAGAAGACUGUCCCACUAUGAGAAGUCCUGAGGCUCAGCAUCAGUGCUCCAUGUCCAGCCAGGAUGGGACCAUGGGGCUGGAAAGCUCCUUAGAAUUAGGUGAUUCUGAGGGUAAAAUACUGAUAAAAACCACUUCAGUAGAUCUGUCUGUCCUAACAAUGGAGGAGAAAGAAAACAGGCUUUAUAGUAAUAUAGAUAUGAACAUGACUCAGAAUUUACCAGAAGAUAUGGAAGGAGAGACACAGUCAGGUUUACAGGAAGAGUCAGACGAGUCUCGAAAUGAUACUGAAGGAAGAUGGGAAAACAAGUGUGUAUCCCAGAGAGCGCUGCCAUUGGCUCGGUCUGGAAUGCUGCAUCGCUCCUUGGGUCCCCAUAAUAGUAAUGAUCCUCGCUAUGGUCAACUGUAUAUGCCUCACUGGAGUGAAGGAAAAUGCAGGAAGGACAGAAAGGAGAGGGAUCGAGUGAAGUUUAGUGAGCAGGAAAGCAAUGCACUCUGGGAAGUAACUGAAGACACAGCCUUCGAGGAGGAAGGUGAAAAAUAUCAUGGUGCCUUGAGCUUCUCGUGUUACCCCUUCACGCCAGAGUUGGAGGUUCAUCUCCUCAACAGCAAUGAAGCAGAGCACCUGACAAACAGGCGAGGAGUGGAAAGGAGGAACGCGACACAUGCUAAAGACAACAGCUCUUGUACGUUUUCUAGAACAGGAGAGGUGGACUUUAUUAUGCCACUUACCCCCAUCAGUAUUGGAACAUCUUUCCUCCACUUAAAAGAGGAUCCAGAUGAAUCGAGGACGUCGUUAAAGCUGUCCCUUGCAGGGAUCAGUGAAGAAGUUAGACCAGAUCUGACACCGAGCGCCAGCGGAAAGUCCACCAGCCAGUUCUGUGACAUCACAACGCAAACCGGUGAUCAGGAUUCAUCUUCGUCAUCUUGCGAAGAUCUAGAGUACAAAACAGAGGCCGGUGACGUCAGCUCGGAACUUCAGAGGCUGAUCUUAGACACAGGGGAGCGGUUAAUGAUCUGUGAGGAACAGCACAUAGCUUACGUGACUUUAGACUUGGAUGACAUUCUGAGCUUUAGGAAGCAUCCUGAGAAUCGUUCGGCUAUAAAACAAGUAAGCGGCGAGGCGCAUAAAAGAGACAGCAAGAUGCCUCAUAAAACUAAGAAAACAUCUUCCGAGAACAAGACACGCUCUAAUAAACACAAGGACAUAACAAGCAGCAACCAAACGAGCAAGAAACGAGAGAACCUGAGACCAGAACCCCACGCUGAAGGGUCUGGAGGUGCCGAGCAAAGCACGGUGACCAUGAUCGAGACUAUCAUAAUGACAGAGAAGGUCACAUCCAAACCUCAGGGGAAGAAGAAGAAGAAGCAUGGAGUACCAAAAAUUGAAAAUGAGCCACUGCUCGAGGUGGAAAACGGAACAAAGCCAAAAAACGCCAAGCCCAAAACUGAGACAGCGACAAAGCAAGUGAGCAAAGUGAGAGAGAAACUCGCAAAAUAUGAGGGAAAAGAGUCGAAUGAGAACGAUGAAGCAACUGAGGGAAAAUCACAACCAAGUUCGGAACCCUCGAGCGGGUGCCUGUCUGGUGCACUGGACGACGACAUCAAACGCAGACGCAUAUCUGGGGACAAACCUGGAGCCGUAUCCAUCAGGACGAGGCCGCAGCUUCCUGCUAUCUUUCAGCAGAAGAAAAAGGACGACGCGCUGACACAGACCAUUCAGGCACCUAAAGAAGUCCCACGUGUCCUAUCUGACAUUGAAGCAGCUCCAGUCGUCGAUGAUCCUCAGAGUAUUUCACUGUGGUGCCGCUUCAGUCACUUCAAGGCCGAUUCCUCCAUCAUGUGGAUGAAAGAAGGAGCAACACUGUGUGAGGAAACGAGGAAAGUUGGAGAUGAUGUUCGUGUCUCUCUGUCGCUGCUGAAAGCCUGCAGUAAGGAUUUGGGCUUUUAUCGCUGUACUCUGAACAGUGCCCUCGGUUCCGUGUCCACCUCGGACUAUCACCUGACAUCUGAAGUGCUGAUGGAACUCGUCAUCCCGAACCAUGACGAAUCAGCUGAGCGUAAAGCGAUAGACGGGGAGGAAGAGGACGUGUCCUGCACUCCUCUCCUCUUUAAGGAGGACAUUCUGACAGAGCAGUAUUUCGGAGAGAAGCAGCUCACGAGUAUUGUGACUGAGAAGGAUCACUUUGGCGAGGGAAUGCACCGGAGAGCCUUCAGGACGAUGGUGCGCACCGGCAUGACGCCUUUGUUCGGUCCCGGACACGCCUGCGUGCUAAAAGUGCACAGCGCCAUCGGCUACGGAACCCAGAAUGACGACGAGGUGGUCCAGAGGAACUACACCCUCGCUGUGGAGGAGUGUUAUGUUCAGAACACGGCCAGAGAAUACAUCAAGGCCUACACCAACGUGGCCAAGUCUGCAGAAGCCUUUGGAGAAGUUCCUGAAAUCAUUCCCAUAGUCCUGGUUCACCGGCCGUCUAACACCAUCCCGUACGCCACACUGGAGGAGGAGCUGAUUGGAGAUUUCGUAAAAUACUCUGUGAAGGAUGGGAAAGAGAUCAACCUGAUGAGGAAAGACUCGGAGGCGGGACAGAAAUGCUGUGCGUUUCAGCACUGGGUUUACACGCAGACUGAAGGAAACCUGCUGGUUACUGAUAUGCAGGGUGUAGGUAUGAAGCUGACAGAUGUUGGAAUCGCCACCUGCAAAAAAGGUUAUAAGGGCUUUAAAGGGAACUGUUCCACAUCGUUUAUUGACCAGUUUAAAGCUCUUCAUCAGUGUAACCGCUUCUGCGAGCUGCUUGGCCUCACGUCCCUGCAGCCCAAACCCAAACGGACUGCCCCCCCCAACCCCAAAGCACAACCUGCCGCCAGGAAAAAGCCUUUUGGCCCCAAUGUCAAGGGCAAAUCCUGAUUGGACGCUGGAGCUUAACACAGGACGCUGUGCAUAAAUGCUGUGAAGUUGCAUCAGGGUGAAUCUGGGACUCACUUGCAAAAACAUUGAUCUUUUUGACCUCUAGGAUUUUUUUUAGUUCUUAUUAAUGAAUAUGUCCUGUGUUUCAUAUGCAGAUAAUUUGCUGCUGCAUCAUAUGCUAAUCAGCUGCUGCUGUGCCAUAUGCAGAUGAUAGACAGCUGAAUCAUAUAGUCAUGCUAUGCUGUGCUGCCAUAUGCAGAUGAUAUACAGCUCCAAAUAUGCUGAUACUCCGCUGUGCCAUACAUUAAUAUUUUAAUCAAGCUAUAAUACAGCUUUGUGUUAUACGCAGAUGCUAACUUAGAGUACUAUAUCAUAUGGAGAUGAUUUACUGCUGCAUCAUACACAAAUGAUAUACUUUAGCUGAGCCAUAAUUCUGUCAUAUGCUGAUGACAUGCUGCUGCAUUAUAUGUAAAUGAUACAGUACUGUACCAUGUACUGAUGAGCUACUGCUGCAUAAUAUAUUAAUUGUAUACUCUAUAUGUCGUAUAGCUGAUGAUAUACAACUGCAUCGUAUGGUGAUAAUAAACAGCUGUGUCAUAUGGUGAUGAUAUACAGCUGCAUCAUAUGGUGAUGAUAAACAGCUGUGUCGUAUGGUGAUAAUUUACAGCUGUGUCAUAUGGUGAUGAUAUACAGCUGUGUCAUAUGGUGAUGAUAUACAGCUGUGUCAUAUGGUGAUGAUAAACAGCUGUGUCGUAUGGUGAUAAUUUACAGCUGUGUCAUAUGGUGAUGAUAUACAGCUGCAUCAUAUGGUGAUGAUAAACAGCUGUGUCGUAUGGUGAUAAUUUACAGCUGUGUCAUAUGGUGAUGAUAUACAGCUGUGUCAUAUGGUGAUAAUUUACAGCUGUGUCAUAUGGUGAUGAUAUACAACUGCGUCAUAUGGUGAUAAUUUACAGCUGUGUCAUAUGGUGAUGAUAUACAGCUGUGUCAUAUGGUGAUGAUAAACAGCUGUGUCAUAUGGUGAUAAUUUACAGCUGUGUCGUAUGGUGAUAAUUUACAGCUGUGUCAUAUGGUGAUGAUAAACAGCUGUGUCAUAUG